GUCCGACGAACAUCUUGAGCUGAACCCGGAAGUUUCGAGACAUCGUCUUCCCUAACUACAUCGGCUUCAGACGCAGCGGCAUGGGUAACAUCUUUCUGCUCAUCGGAUCAUGACACUGUAGCCAUGGACCCCAUCGCUGCAAUCGGAUUUGCGGCCAGCAUCCUCCAGUUCAUCCAAUUUUCCACUUGCCUCGUGCGAGGGGCCUACGAGAUCCAGCGCUCGUCUACCGGCACCACUUCCGAGAAUGCGCAGAUCAGCAAUGUAAUAUCCGACCUCCAAGAAGUAGCCGAUGACCUAGAAGCAGACUUCAAGGGGAGCAACAAGCACGAGAAGGCGCUGCUCAGGCUGGCAAAGCAAUGUCACACCGUCUCAGACGAGCUCAUGAAGAUUCUGGGCAGGCUGAAGACGAAGGAUGACUCUAAGUGGGAGAGUGUGAAGGUUAAGUUAAUGAGCAUUAGGAAGGAGAAGGAAGUGGCCUCGAUUGAGAAGCGAUUAAGUGCAUACAGCAUCGAGCUUCUCCUCCGCCUCUCCUUGAUGAUGCAAGGCCAGCAAUCGACGAUCAAAGACCAUCUUGACAAAAUCCAGCAAGAAGGCGUCAAGCUUUCCAGCCAGAGCGCCGAGCAGAUCUCGGAGCUCCGGAAAGAGCUUGCGAGCAGUGUCAAACAGCUGCGGGCAGAGCCUUUGAAGAUAACCGGUGAUCCAGCUGUCGCUCAACUGCUCGCGGAACUCGGUGGUAUCAUGGCGAAGAUCGAGAUCAGGGCGAGAGCGCUGCCAAGGGAGAAUGCCGUGCUUCGCCGUCUCUACUUUGAUACUAUGUACUCGCGCGAAGACACCAUCAGCAUGGCCGAGAGCGGUACGUUCAAAUGGAUGCUUGGAGAGCAAGAUGCUGCAUCAUCUAGAUCUUCAACAUCGGGAAGCGUUGCGACGGACUCUCAAUUAAAUAGCGAAGAUGAAGACGAAGGAGUAGAUGACUCUAGAACAGAUAUAGCGGAACCCUUUUCAGCUCCUGAAAGUGAAGAAAAUCCGAACCAAAGCUCACCAUCGGCUCCAGAAACCGAGGAACCCUUCCCCCCUCCUGAGGGCGAACAACAUCUGAGCCGGAACCCAUCAUUGGCUUCGGAAGAUCAAGUGGACGAGUCUUCAAUUGUGCAAGCUUCCAGUCCCGAUCCAUCACCAGAAUUGGAUAUGCGAGAGAUCGUCGCAAACUCAUUCCUGUCUUUCAUAGAGCACGGCAACGGUAUUUUCUUCAUUUCCGGAAAAGCUGGUUCUGGGAAAUCCACUUUGAUGAAGUUCCUGGGAGACCACGAUCGUGUAAAAGCUCUCGCAGAGUCAUGGGCUGGAGAAAAGACCCUGGUGUUUGCGCCCUUCUACUUCUGGAACUCUGGAGAUCGGCUACAGAUGUCCUUGGAAGGCUUUUACAGGACGAUCCUGUUUAAGAUCCUGCAGCAGUGUCCUGAGAUGGCUGCAACACUAUUCCCACAGGAGUUCAACGCUCACCAUACCAAUGAUAAUUUCCUGGGCCCGUUCCGGAUCGUUGAGCUUAGAGCAGCUAUGGAAAUCUUGACGAACACAACGGAGUUUCCGAGCAAUCGCUUUUGCUUCUUCUUUGACGGUAUGGACGAGUAUGAAGGUGACAGCCUGGAGCACCUCCAACUGGCUCGCAUGUUCAAGUCUUGGGCCAGUUCUAGCGACAUCAAGAUAAUAUGCUCUGCGCGACCUCAUGAGGAGCUCAUGAAGGCGUUUGCGGACGCGCGCGUACUUGUUCGCUUACACGAGCUCACCAAGGGAGAUAUUCAUAAGUUCCUCAUUUCCCAGCUUCAUAGAGAGCUCAUAGAAUCCGGGUCGGAAGAUAAGUUGGAGGAGUACACAAGUUUGGUCGAUGAUAUGGUACAGAUGUCCGACGGGGUAUUCCUCUGGGCCUACCUUGUGAUGAGAUCCAUUCUAAGCGGCAUUGUCCAUGAAGAUACAACCCAGACACUCAGAGAGCGAAUGCGGAGCGCACCGAGAGAGCUAAACGAUCUAUUUAGAAAGAUCCUGAGCAGCGUCGACCCCGCACUGCAAGGCAGGUCAAGAAACAUGCUUCUGCUUGCCAUAAAUGAUCCCUUCUUCAACAACAUCCCCGCUAUUGCAUAUUCUUGGCUACCAGAUCUCCAAGACGAUGAAUUCCCAUUCUCUUCCCCAAUGAAACCUCUCUCGCAGGAAGAAGUGGAUACACGACUACGCAUUGUCCGAGGUCAGCUUUCAGCACUUACCAAAGGCUUGCUGGAAAUGCAGACCACAGAUGCGACUGAUGCCUACUCCAAGUACACCGUCGGUUUCAUGCACCGAACCGUUAAAGACUUCCUCAGGAAUGAAGAUGAUUGGAGAAGAAGUGCCUCAGGAGGAGACCUGCUCUCAACAGAGCAGCCUGAACUAUAUUGGCGGCUCUGGUUGGCCAUUGAAAAGUUCACCCCUUCGCGGAAUCUGGCGGGCAGCUUUUACACACCUUACACACCUUUCUUCUGGAUAAGGACGUGCCCAGAUUAUGUCAUUGCGCCACGCAUUCUAGAUGCAUUUUGCGAGAUUGUGGACGCAGCCAAUAUGUCAUUCAAUUCAAAGGCCCAUCUAGGGGUGCGGGCCCAUGUAUCCGUGGAACCAUUUCAACUCGGGAAAAAACGUGAAAGAUCACAGAGAUAUUUUUACUACACAGCCGAGAGCAUAUCGCCCAUCCGGUGUGCUCUCUUCUAUAACCAGUCCAACUACAUCAUGUCGAAGCUGAAAUCGAAAGCUUUCCUCAACGGACAUAGAGCGCAGCUGCCUCGAUUCCUCCUCAUCAAAUCCAGAGAACUCAAGCCAGAUGUCCAGUUCUGCAAGGCAAUGUUCGACUUGGGCGUGGUCCCAAGCGAUGAAAUCACCAUGCUCGAGGACCAGCCUCCCAAGCCCAUCUGGCUGGUUUUCCUUCGCACUUUCCUCCAUGACAUCUGUUGGGGACCAGAUUGCCCUGAGACUAAAGCCAGGGAAUUUCUUGUCCCCAUCUGGCUCAUUUUCGAGGAAUUCCUGCUGCGUGGUGCGGAUGCGGAUGUGAUUUUCGUUCUGAGGGAAUUUCCCCCACGUCCUUCUCCACCUCCUCCUGGUCCUCGUGCUCUCCUCACUCGACAUGACAUAUCCGUCAGGCAAAUGGAAUAUCCCACUUAUUACCUGGAGUUGGAACAGCUGGUAGACGCCUUCAGCCCGUCGAACGCUAGAUCGCUGAGGAGGUUGCUAUCAAAGCGUUCUACCGACAACCUUUGGGCCAAAACAAGCGGCUUUGUAAGCAAUUUUGCGUUGUGGAGAAGCUCGGCUCCAUCGUCAAUGAGGGACAAGUAUUUGCCAAUUGAGACGGAGUGGCUAAGCACUAGGAGUUGGGUGCCGCUAAGUGUGAUGACGAAGUCGCACGAGCUCGCAGAUGACUUUAAGUAUGAUAUUUUCUAGGCGAAUGAUUGGGCGAUGGGCUUCAAAUCCCGAUUCUCAUCCUCUGUCAGACCGACGGAAAUUAGAAGUUCAUAUAGGUAGCUUGAAUACACUCUUUUGUCUUGUUGGACAGGGAGAAAGGUCGCGUUGAUACCUUGGUUGGGUUGAGGAGCCUUUUGAAAACUGUGGAGAUUGUGAAAGAGAAAUCUAAUGAAAAUAUGUUGAAGGGUGUAGUGAGAGGCAGGAGUUUAUUAUCUGUGUUGAAUGUUCUUUGGAUAGGGAACGAGGUAGCAGAAAUUUUGGGAUAGGGUGCAAAAGACCGAAUUCUCACCUAGAGGUUUAAUAGUGGAAGAAAUCCUACACGGCACACAUCUACACGAAAACCUAGGCUAUCCAGUUGCUUCCAAUAUUAACUAAU